CGGAAGCCGUCCCGUCGCUCGCUUCUCUCCUCCCCCACUUCCUGGCCGUAGCCGGAAGUGUCCGUUCGGAAAACGGAACUGCUGGAGGAAGGUUCUCGGAGCGCUUCAGUUCCGGGGGCAGCUGUGCAGCCGGAGCCGCGAUGAUCCCGAUCCCUGUGGCGGUGUGCGUGCUCGGCGGCUGGUGCGUCAUCUACUUGGCCGACACGCUGCUGAAGUCCUCUAGUUCUCUGAAAGCAUCCUAUGAAGACUGGCUGAUGUCAUAUGGGCUGAGUGUCUCUCCUUUUCAUGUGCGCUGGCAAACGGGUCUCUUCAACCGUCAGUUCUACAACUGGGGACGAUGGAAGCCUAGAUUUCUUUAUCUAUGGUUCAGCAUAGGAAUGGUGUUUGGCAUAGCUGCCAUGUUUGGUUCUAUUAUUCUGCUUGGAAAGACAUUGAUACAGACAUUGACACAGAUGUUAAGCGAAGCCCCCACAGCCCAGAAUGAUCGGAUGUUGCAAGUUGUGGUGCCUGGUGUAAAUCUGCCCGUCAGUCAGCUGACCUAUUUCUUCACUGCAAUCCUCAUCAGUGGUGUCAUACAUGAAGUUGGCCAUGGGGUGGCAGCUAUUCGAGAACAAGUACGGUUUAAUGGAUUUGGAAUUUUUAUCUUUAUUGUAUAUCCUGGAGCAUUUGUUGACCUCUUCACCACCCAUUUGCAACUUAUAUCUCCAGUCCAGCAGUUAAGAAUAUUUUGUGCAGGAGUCUGGCAUAAUUUUGUUCUUGGUGUGGCAGGUCUCGUAGUUCUGUUCCUGCUGCCAGCAAUUCUUUUCCCUUUUUACUACACGGGUGUUGGAGCUCUUGUCACUGAGAUCACAGAGGAUUCUCCUGCCAAUGGACCAAGAGGACUUUUUGUAGGAGACCUUGUUACGAAUCUACAAGACUGCUCAGUUCAUAAUGUGGAAGACUGGAAUUCCUGCUUAGGAGAGCUCUCACAGAAGCCUCAAACAGGCUACUGCAUAAAUGCAGCAGUACUACAGCAAUUAAGCUUCCCAGCUAGAGUCUACAGAAGACUUGAUGGCACUGUUGAAUGCUGUAGUAACAACAGCCUCACAGAUAUUUGCUUUUCAUACAGCAAUAAUUUGAACAGCCACCAGUACACCUGUUUGCCAGCACGAAAAGCUAUUGAGUCCAGCCAAGUUUGUCGAACCAACACAGAUUGCCAGAAGAACUUUGUUCCAAGUUUUUGUGUGAUACCUUCUGUAGAAAACCAAACAAAGUUAAUCAGGGUGAAGCAUCCACCUCAGGUUGACAUGCUGUUUGUAGGACACCCCAUGCAUCUUCAGUAUACAGUGAGCCUCAGCAGUUUUGUACCACGUCACAACUUUCUAAGCAUAGAUCUACCUGUGGUGAUAGAGACAUUUUGCAAAUAUCUAAUUUCACUCUCGGGGGCUUUGGCAGUUAUCAACGCAGUACCGUGCUUUGCUUUGGAUGGCCAAUGGAUAUUAAACUCUUUUCUGGAAGCCACUCUUAGUUCACUGAUUGUAGAGAAACAAAACAGAGAGCUUGUUGGCUUUUUAAUUUUGCUUGCUGGCAGUGCACUUUUGGCUGCCAAUGUAGCACUGGGACUUUGGAUGGUGACAGCAAGAUAGUAUGUUGGAUAAAUUUCUGCCUUGGACCAUUUCCACAAAUUCUACAAGAAAAAAUAAUGAUUUUUUUAUUGUCUUUUAAGGCUUUUUUUGUAUGAAAGGGAAAUUAUUUUAUUUAAUUUAUUUUGGAAGAAGGAUUGAUGGUGAUUUGGAGAAAAGUCUGCAGAACCUUGUGAGUUUGAUCAUGGAAACACUGAAAGAAAAAAUAAGACUGCAUCCCUUUAACUGUAAUAUUGUGUUUAAAGCACUGUGAUCAUUUUAGAGAAAUUGCAUCAAAAAGAUUUACAAGAGAAAAACUAAAGCUUGAUUCCAAAAUGAGGGAAUUUGGCACUGAACUCUUGCACACUGGCAAGGGGAAAACAUAUUAGCUAUAUUUUAUCAUUUAAAUAAUUAUGGGACAGUCUCUGUCGGUUGAAUGAACAUAUUUCUGUGGUGGAAUUUUUGGUUAAUUUGGUGUUGUACCAGUUUGGACUCUCAGAAACUGAUGUCUGAGCUCAUUUUAAAUUAGUGAAAGUCUGUAUAAAUUAUAGCAACAUGUUAAUGAAGAGAAGGAGACACCAUAUGUUGUAGUACCAUUCCUUUCCAGCUGGCCUGUAAGUCUGAAAACAUGUUGUCCUUUCCAUGUAGAUGGAAAGCACCAAUGUCAGAUAUGUGGGAGGAUAACAAAAUCCACAUGUCUGUGUUCCUUAGUACUACUGAGAAUAUUUUAGAAAAUAAUAUUUUGUCUGUUGGCAACAGCCUGAAAAUAGCUUGAUGUUCUAGUCUUCUAGUGAGAAUCCUACUUACUGAAAUUAAGCCAUGUACAAUUAUUCAAAAGUGAUUUGUAAAGUGUUGGGUUUUUUUUCCUGAUUCAUAUAAGGCCAAUAGCCUACACCAGAGUUGCAUCUUACUGGAUGUGUCUACAUGUUCAUUUGAUACAGAAGCAGUUCACUUGCAAGAAAAUGCUCCUGGGCAGGGGUCUACAUGUGCAGAGAAGCGGGAGCCGAUUUGUUGCUAAUAGCAGCAAACUGCUUCCACCUCAUGGGACCCUGCAGUGGGCCCCUGUCGCCACCAGGGGGAGCUCUAGGUUGCCCCUGGGUGCUAGCCCAGGAGUUGGCAGGGAGCGCCAGGCCAGGAGACACCUGUCUCCUGGCCGGGGCUAGGACAAUGCACCCUUCACCCAGUGGCUAACUGCUGCAUAUCAGCUAUCGGAUCAGUAUUGGCCGAUAUGGCUGCUUAAUAAUCAGCCAUCGGUAUCGGUCAAAAAAAUCUUUAUUGGUGCACCCCUGAUUUCUGAACCAGAUAACCUAGCUUGUGUUCCACGAAUGUGUGGCUAGUCCCCAUAAAUAAGCUGCCCAAGUCUUAGUCAUCCAGCAUUCCAGGAUACAGUGUCCCCUCGCCCCACCCUCUUGUUCUCUGUGGACAAACUUUCCACCUCCUGAACUCUACUGCCCAUGAGAUGGUACUGGACCAAACCAGCUCUUCCUCCUGCCUCUGGGUAUGUGACCUGGCUAGGCAGCUUGCAGGUGCACAGACCAAUUUGGAAGGGAGGGCUAUGGAGGAUCCAGGGGGAGAGCAAGGUAGGGAGAGAGAUCAAGGUCCCCAUAAGCUGGGCCUUCCUGGCAGGAACAGGGACAGUGUCCCUGUGAGCUGGGACUACCCAAUCCCCAUCUCAGUUUAUUAAAACAUGAGGCUUUCUUUAAUUUACAUUUUAUUUCUUUUAAAAAAACAUUUAUUUUACGCUUUAGUGGCUUCAGCGGCUGAUGGACUUCAUUUUACCAUUCAGCCCCCAGCCACCAUUCCCACUCAUUGCCUUUUGACCUCCCACUUCACUACCAAGUCCCCUCAUUAAAUUCUCCCCCUUUCCAGCCUGAUGCUCCUACCCCCAGCAAUGCAACCCUCCAAAUUAUCCCCACCUAGAGGUGGGAUAGAAGCCUAUCCUGGCUCACAGCCCUCUAGCGGCAACUCCCAGCUGUAGCCCCUAGUCAGGCUGCUGCUCACCAGCCCUCUAGGCUAAGUACAGACAGUAAGAAAGCCUGAGGCUGAAUCAAUUCCGUCUUUGCAAGUUAGUCUAAGCUGCAGAGAUUAAACUGAGAAACUAGACACACACUUAUUAUUGAUUCAGGAAAUGCAGUCACAUGCCUGCAGUGGCUCAGGCCAGAAGCCGGGGAGCACAGCUCUCUGGCUCCUAGCCAGCCUGGGCUGUGUUUGCUUCUUCUUCCUGCUGCCCCUGAGGUCUCUGGGAUUUGCAGUGCAGAAUCACAUCAGCAGGAUUCUGCAGAGUUGCUCAUCACUUCUUCCUGCUUCCAGAUGCCUCUGGGAUUUGUAGUCCACAGUCACAGCCAGCAAUUAGUUUUUAGCAGGGCAGGACAGCUAUGUACUCAGGGGAAGGGAAGUUUAACCCCCCACCUUCCCUGGCCCCAGACCCCAGCCAGGGUUUGCCUGGGGCGGGGUGGGGAGCAGGCCCUGCUUCCCUCCCCCCACCCCCCGCAACCCUUCUCUGCUAGAGCAGACAGCACAGCCCAGCACAGCCCAGAGCUGGAAGGGAAGUUGGGAUGCUGGGGGACUCUGAUUUAACUUAAACUAGGAAGGGGUCUGGGACAGAAGUUUCAUAAACUGGUUUGACCCAAAUCAGUUGAGUCUGAUACUAGAUUUAACCAGGUUUAUCUUAAAUCAGUUUCAGCCAUUUCGAAACUGGUUUAUGUGCACUGAACUUCUGUUCUGUUACAGGUUUAAACCAGUUUCUGAUUACUUAAACCGGUUUAUGCAUAACUUCUGCCCCUAGCCCUUGUGGCAGGUCACAGCUGUGUAAGUGGGGGACAGUGAAGAGUUGGUUUUUAGCUUGAAUGUGACUUUUUAAAACUUGAGUUAACACUGAUUCCAAUCAACAUUAGAGAAGCUUAAAGUGUAAUAAGUAACAAAGCCCAUGGUAGAGGAGCAGGUAAUUGAACCCUGGAUGUUAUAAUCUGUGUUAGUCCAGUGAUGAUGUAGGCUGACAAGGAGGCAUAGCUGGCAUCCAGGUCCAUUUCAAGGCUAUAUGCCUGGGUGAGAAUAGGAGUUAAGUAGUGUGUUCCUGGAAAAAUGUCAUUUGAGGUCUCUGUUCAUGUUAAGUCUGUGUGUAUUUAACAGUGAAAUCGUAAUUGUUUAGUGUUCCUCCUGUGUUGCUGUGUAUACAGUAGGGGUGAUAUAUAGCAUCUCACUGGCUGUCUCUUGCCCAAGGAGUUCCUUUAUUUUGGCUGUGUUAAUUUUAGUUAAAAUUGUUCUGUUGAGAUUGAUCUGGGGUCGUAACUGAUUAGAGAAAAGAAUAUGAGUAUGUGUAAAGUGCAUUUUGUUACUGUUUGGCUUUGUUUUUUUAAAUGAACGUAGACCAGAUCCUUGUUUUUGCAUGUCAGGACAGUAAGCACUGGUUCAGCCUGCUCUUUGGCAAUUGAAGAGCGUCUGAUUUCUGAGUUCCAAAACAUUGCAAAUACUAGCACUUAAAGUUUGUGGCAUUGACAAAACAAAUGUAACAUUUUGUGCACUUACCGGUUAUGUGUUUGUGUAAUGCAGGGUCUGUUUCUGUCUGGUGUUAAUAUGAAAUAUUUCCCCUGAUAAAAGUAAGUCAAAUUCACUCAGAUUUUGUGUCAGUACGUAGACCAAGAUUUUCAAAACAGACAAGCUCCCAUUUUGGUACCUGAAUGUUUGGAAUGGUAAGAUACUGAAAAAAUGUUUGGCCCCCUCCUCCCCCUGCAAUAACAUUCAGAACAAUGGGAGUUUCCUUGGGUUCAAUGCACUUUUAAAAAACUGAUUGCUUUGUUAAAGGGGUGAAAUAGAAGUUUAGCUAAUAGUGUCUGACCCACUCUGGGAAACUCUGUAGCUAAUAGUGUCUGGGAAACUCCGAGUUUCCCAGCUUACACAGAGUGGUGCCAAGAGUAACUUCAACAGAAACUACACAGGCUCUAUUCUCAUUGCUACACUCUGCUUCGUGUGCUCUAAUGUCUAGUUGACCAUUGAUGUGUCACUGUAUUUUCUCAUUAUUGCCUGUGUGUUUCUAGGAAUGAUGUAGCACAAGGAAAAUAAACUUUUCUUCUAAGAUGAUGUCAAUAGGUAUUGGACGAGGGAACAUGUCAGGCAAACUAACAAGGUGCAAAAUUUGUUAACAUCCCACAAGUAUUGUUAUUGUCUUUGACUCCUAAAGCUCCUUUUUGGGAUGUGAUGUAGUCCCUGCCUUCACCUGGACUUCAGUCCUCAUCUUCUCUGGCUGAUCCUAUGAGACUCUGCCCCUUGCAGGUCUAUCAACAUCCUAAAGGGGCUUAAAACAAUAAACUAAUGGAAAUUGCCAGCAGGCUUUCCUUUCUUCAGGGGGCCUCAGACAGGCUUUCAUCAGUUAUAAGAAAUGCCAUUUUGUGUCAGAUCCAGUCUCCUUUCCCUCAUAGUGGCAAGGAGUGGAUGCUAACUCCUUGGAUCCAGGGUGAUCCAUCCCUUGCUUCUCUUGUCCCUACAGCUUCCUGGUUGUCAGGACUGGGCCCUGAGCUAUGAAUGUGUAUUUGUUUAUUCAGGCAGUUGCUAAAUGAUCUGUACUCCUCCUUUUCAAGGCCUUUCUUUUACGCUUUGCAGAUGUGGUGGAGUAGGGCUGCUUGAGUUUAUAGCAGCUCUGUUUCUUCUUCCUGCCCAAUGUGGAGUCUGUUCUCUGUCAUAGGUACAUAUAUUUUGAAUUUACCUUGCAGAUGUUUCUCUGGUCAUAAUUCUAAUAUAUUUUGAUUGGCACUAGCUAUGACUCAGUAGAACUGAUUGAUAUCGAAGGGAAUUGGGUUUUUUUUGGCUACACGCAGAUCGCACUAUUCUGUAUGCAUCAAGAGUUGCAGCACUGUUUACUCUUCCAAUGUAGUGACUGCUGUGGCUGCUUCAAAACUAUUCCCUGGUUAAAGUUUUAAACUCAGUUUGAUAAAUUCAUAAUUUUGUUCACUGUAAAUAUUGUUUGACAGCCUAUGCGAGCAGAGGAGGACGGAUAUAAAGAUUUCCCUAUCCUCAGCUGAGAGCUUUGUGCUGGAGUGCUGAUGACUGCAUUCGUUUGCUCUGAAGAUGUUACUUGGAGCAAUUUUUGAACUUCCAUUCCUGAAAUACCACAAAAGGACAGGCAUGGCUAUACAUUUCCAUCUAUACUACUGAGCUAAUAUGAAGUUUAAAAGCAAUAGUUUGCUCACUGUGUAAGACUUGAUAUCCAAAUAAUUGCGUCAGAAAUCUGAUUUACUCUUUGGCACGCUCUUUAAAUAAUUGUUUCAAGUCCCCAGUGUCUUUCUACAACCUCUGUUUAAGGUUUAGGUGUACAAAAAGUUUAUAAUUUUCACCUAAUCUGUGGAAUAUUUUUGUUUAAACCUUUUUCCUCUUUACACAUCCUGUUUUCUGAUGCUGGCUUGCAACUGUGGGAUGUCUGACUUUUGGAUCAAGUGUUUCCACUGGGCAUUGUUUAUAAUAUUGAUUAAGAACAUGUUGCAUUCUGAAAACAUUCAAAGCAGGCAAACUAACAAAUGUACCCAGCAUUGUUCUGUUUGAAUAACAUAUUGUUUGUCCCUCCUCCCAGUUCACCAAACAAACAAUAAGUAUUGUUUUGUACUUACAAUAAAUGUAUGUUGAUUGCAAAUAAAUGAUUUGUCAAGACAUUUGACCUAUUUUUGAAA